UUGAAAUACUUUGGUGAUUUCGAGUCCUGCCGAGUUCUUGCAUUGUCGAUUUUCAUUUUGACAGAUUACAACCAGGCCUGCGACUGGUGGUCUGUAGGAGUGAUUCUUUACGAGAUGCUGGUUGGUCAACCUCCGUUCCUUGCGCAGACAGCUAUGGACACUCAGCUACGCGUCGUCCAAUGGUACAAGUAUCUACGUUUGCCCGGGGAACCACAUCUGCGCACUCCAGCAGCCGACUUGAUCCGUCGGUUUCUAUGUGACCCCGAGGAGCGUCUUAGCGAUCCAAACCAAAUCAAGGCGCAUCCCUUUUUUGCUCCUUUGCCCUGGGACCAGUUUUCUAAUUUCCAGGCACCUUACAUCCCACUGAUUCGCAACGAACUGGACACAUCUAAUUUUGACCCAGUAGAAGACGAUCGAAGCCAGUUGAGUGGUGAUGAAGCCUCAUGUCUUCCUGGUGGCGGAGCUAGUGGAUGUGAUGACUGUGCCAGUGGUAGCCGACUAGGGAGGGGUGGUGCUGGGGUUGGGGUCAGCACUGGUGGCACCGGGGGUUUCUGUGGUGGCGGCGGUCGUCAUGGUAGCGGAAACAAGAAUAGCAGUGGCUGUGGAGUCAGCUCGAGUGGGCUUGGCGGAGCUGCCCCAUUACCUUUUCCCAAUUUCACUUUCAAACGCUUUUUUGACCGGGAUCCUACACCCCAACAUACACCUUCCAAUUGA